UGACCAACGCGGAAGUGCUUAAAAUCAGCAGUGUAAACAACGAUUCAGAAGAAAUAAAGUAAAAAGCUCUGUUUGGAUAACUUUUUCUCCCCUAGUACGACAGCAUGGUUCGGUGUUUCCUCAUUCACACCGUGUGCCCGGUGAGUGCUCUGUCUGCCGGGGAGAGCCGUGUUCUUUACUCCCGGGUUUUCGGUCCAGAUGACGGAGUCCUGUCCGAGCGGCACCGAGAGCUCAGCCCGGAGGAAAGAAGGCUUCUGCAGAAGGAGAUGGUGACCGCAGUAGCCAGACAAGUCCGGAGUGCUGUCUCUCUGUCCCGGGAAGCCUCGGGUCGGCUGAUAGUGGAGACUAUGCCGGGCGAAGAGAAUCUGGCUCUGCAGGACGCCGACUGCGGCGUGGUGCGGCUCAGAGCCGGAGACCCCUUCUCCGAGGAGACGAGCGCUCUGUGGCUGGGGGUUCAGAGUCUGGGCUUCACGCUUGUCUGUGAGCCUCACGAGAACCUGCUGCUGGCUGAGGGAACACUGCGCAACAUGACCCGCCACUGCCUGGAGCACCUGCACAUGCUGGGGCAAGGGAGUGAGGUCCUGCUGAAGAGCAACCGGAUCGACGUCCUGCUCAGUCGCCUGCUUCCUCACGGGCAGCUGCUCUUCCUCAACCACCGCUUUGCCCAGAGUUUGGAAAAGGAAGUAGCGGCUUAUAUGGCCAAAUAAAGCCGAGCAGCCACGGUUGCCAUUUUCAGGGAGGGCGGGCUAUCAUUUACAGCUACUUCUAGCUAUAUCUGCUGGCUUCCAAGCAAACAAGCCCUCUGUCAUUCACCUCCGGUGACAUUUCCAUGCUGGAAGACGAAGAGCGGACUACCAGCUGCUGCUGGUGCUGCUGCUGUUGUUAGAGAUUGCAUGAUGUGUAAACACACAGAGUGGUAAAUACCUGCCUCAUCCACUUGCAGCUCACUCUUGGCUGUUUACUGUGUGGGUGGCUUCACUUCAAAUCCUGUUUGUCAAAUUGAAGAGUGGAAAGAAAAAUGUGGCAGAUUAAAGAGUGCAGUCGCAGAGGCCAUUUAAGACGUA